AUGCCAUCACUCACGUCUUCUUUACCUUGGACAACGAGCUCUGAGAGCCCCUCGUCUACUUGGCAACCUCUUUUGUCGCCCUCUUCGCAAUCAACACCUCCAUCGCCUAGGCCAUCACUCGCAUCGCCUCCCCUGCACAUUCCGGAACCAGCGCUGCAGCCUGAAGGGGCCGUUGAGCCACCCAAAACGGCGUCCCGACGCACGCCCCCGCCCUCAGCUGUGCCACAGCCUCGUUUCCGGUUCAACGGGAACACCCACUCCGUCGACAUCCCCCUCCCCUGCCCUGGCGGCAGACCGUUCGCUCCGGAGAUGAUCACAAUAUCGCUGAAGAGAGGAGACCGGAUGGACAUCGUCGCAGAUGCAUGGCAUCUCGAAGAAGAUUGCCAUUAUGAGUGGCACAUCUCACUCCCACGGGCGAUCGAUAUAUCAUCCCUCCGCGCCAGAUUCAACGACGAUGGGACUCUCCUCACUAUCGAUGUGCGGAACACUCGUUAUUCAAACCGCGCGGGCAAUUAA